AUGCACUCAGUAACAUCAAUUAUUAAAGGCACAAAAUCAGAAGCUAGUGGAAUUUAUCGAUGUCUGGCUUCAAAUACAAAUGGAUUCAAUUAUGUCGAUAAGCGUUUUAUUGUGACGACUGCAGGGAGCGAAGGUUUCCGUAUCGAAGUAAAUUCUAGUGAAAUCGUUGAAGGUGAUGAUAUUUUAUUGACAUGUCAAGCAACAAUUUCUGCUCAUAUUAAUCUGUUGAUUCAUCGGGACUUAGCUGCUCGAAAUAUUCUUGUUGCUGAACAGAAGAUUGUCAAAAUAUGUGAAUUCGGUCUAGCCAGAGACAUUCAACAUGAAUAUAAUUACAAAACUAAAAGCUCAACUCGAUUACCAAUUAAAUGGAUGACAAUUGAAUCAAUUGGCGAUCAAGUAUUUACAUCAAAAUCAGAUGUUUGGUCCUUCGGUAUUUUACUUUGGGAGAUCUUUUCUUUGGGUGCAACUCCUUAUCCAGGAAUCGAUUUUGAUCAGAAAUUAUAUGCACAAUUACUUCAUGGCUAUCGAAUGGAUCGACCGGAUAAAUGUCCUUUGGAUAUUUAUUAUAUUAUGACAGAUUGUUGGAAAUCACAGCCAAUUGAAAGACCUGAUUUUGGACAAUUGGUUGAUAAACUGAGCAAAUUGAUGGAUGGAACGAUUGUUAAUUAUUAUUUAGAUCUUAAUAGUUCUUAUGAAGAAGUCAAUAAAAUACUGACUUCUGAAGAGUACGAUACUGAUCAAACGAGAUAUGCACCGAUGAUAAGGUCCAUUCAAGGCUAUGCCGUAAUGAAUUCAGUUGGAAAACAGAUAAAUAGACCUGAAAACUAUUAUUAUAAUACAUCGAGUGAUAACCCUGUCAACGGCUAA